GACGUGAGGUCGUCACACUCCAACGUCAUGAAGCCGCGCCAGUGUUGUUGUACCAAGACAAACAGAAGCUAAAAGCGAAGCUAGUAGUGAAAUUUAGAUGGUGCCUCCUACGUGGACUCUGCACUGUUUGGUUUGGAAGAACUGAAUGAGGUGCUGCCUUUUGCCUCUGCUCUUGUGUGAGUUCUACUGCUGCCGGGAUGGGUCAGCAGAUCUCAGGUCAGGCGGUGAUGAACCAUCUGCCUGAGAAGCUGGUGAAACAUGCCGGAUUGGUUCGUGACAGUGGCUACCUAAGCUACGAGGAGUUUCUAGCAAGAGUGGCUGAACUUAAUGACGUUACGGCCAAGCUAGCUGCUGGACAGCAGAAGCACCUGCUGUUUGAGGUGCAGCCAGGAUCUGAUGCUACAGCCUUGUGGAAAGUGGCUGUCAGGGUUGUGUGUACCAAGAUCAAUAAGGAGAAUGGCAUGGUUGAAGCAUCGCGGAUCAUGAACCUGUAUCAGUUCAUCCAACUCUAUCGUGACAUCACCAGCCAGGCAGCCGAAGUGUUGUCUGUAGAGGGUGCCACUAAGGGUCCCUCAACCGAGCUUCCCUCCACUGACUCCUGCCAGGCCAGCAUGUGGAUGGGCAGAGUGAAGCAGCUGACCGAUGAGGAGGAGUGUUGCAUCUGCAUGGAUGGAAAAUCUGACCUCAUCCUGCCUUGUGCACAUAGCUUCUGUCAGAAAUGCAUCGAUAAAUGGAGUGGCCAGAGCCGAAAUUGCCCAAUCUGCCGUCUGCAAGUGACUGCUGCCAACGAAUCGUGGGUAAUGUCUGAUAUCCCCACAGAGGAUGACAUAGCCGGCUACAUCCUCAACCUGGCUGAUGAGGCGGGCCACCCACACAGGCCUUAACAUGCAGAAUACUGAGCCAAGUAGAUAGCAAAGGGAAAUAUACCCACUUCAGUAGCCUUUACAUACUGAAACACAAAACACCACUUUCACUGAGAGGUUUCCUUUUUUUUUCCCCCUAAAGAGCAAAACAGAAAAGAAUCCAGCAGGUUUUUUCUCUUUAUAUUCUGUGUGACAGCUUCUGAAAAUGAAAAUCUCCUCUUUUAAGUCCUAAAAAUCCCAGGAUGCUUUCUGAAACCAGAGUAUUGUUGAUGUAGUACUUUAUGGAGUUUUGUGAUAUGUUGUUUGAAGUGAAACAAAAAAGUUGUAUUUGUAUAUUACAAUAAAUUGUAACAUUUUAAUGGAACCCAGAAUAACCAAAUGUUGCUUAAAGUACUACUGAAGAAGAGGUGGUUGGGGUUAACUAGGCACUUUAAAAAACAAAUGCUGAUAUAUGUUGACAUUGCCUUCCUUCGAUAUGAAUGAGAGGGACACAGUUGCACUUUCUUGUAAAGUUUGAUAAGUAUGACUCAUUCAUAUCAUUUAAAUCAUCACUUUGACAUUUUGGGAAACUGUCUUGUCUUGCAGUUAGAUUAUCCUCAAAAAAAGACUGAAAACAAGGAGAAAGGGCCGGCUGUAGCCAGUGUUAUUAAAUCAUCUUUUAAUAUGUUAUAUUUAAUUAUAUCUAAUUUGUUUAAUAUGUGAAAAAUAGAGAAGUUUAAAGGUGAAUUUUUGCUGUAGACUGAUUCAUGGCUAAGUUGCUUCAUGAAGUCCCUGCAGGACUGUUUUCAGCUUUUGGACAGCAUCAGGCUCUUUUCAUUCUGUUUGCAGUCUCUGUGCUAAAUUUGGGAACUGACUCUGGCCUUGCGGUGAACAUACAGACAGUAAAUUAGUAUUGAUCAAAUCUUAAACCUCUGGCAAAGAGCAAAUAAGCAUUAUUUCCCAAAAUGUCCUAUUCUUCCUUCAUGUGCAAUCCAAGACACCAAACAUACUUGUCGUAUUUGCCAGGGCUUCUGGACAAGCAGUAAAGUGAAAAUUUAUGUUCCAUCUAUAAAGCCGUUUGGAUGUCUGUGCAAUGUAUCCCUGCAUGUUUGUACCCCACAUGACAUGGACCAUGAGCUGUGUUAUGUGAAUCUGUACUAAAAUCCUGUUCUGGUGCAGUUCAGGACGCAGGACUGAAGAGUCUCAUGUGAUUUUAAUGACUUGGCUCGUUGUGGUGUCUUAACUGUUGUAAAUCACCUUUGCCUGUCACAUAAGCUGUUCUCCUCUCUUUACUUUUAUGAUUUUUUUUCUAAUUGUUUUUCUCUCAUCUUUAUUUACACUAUUUUAUUAUGAAUUCUGUAGAAAUCUUUUAGUUUGCACUCCCAUGACUGCACUCUGUGCUUCGACGUGACUGUAUUAAAAGCAACUUAAUGAUUGAGAGAGGGGCAGCUUGUAGGGGAACAGUUAAGUAAAAUCACUGAAAUUGUGUUUUGUUUUUUGUUUCCCCCUGGGUCUAACCGAUCCCUAGUGGCACUUUCAGUUUAAGUUGACAUAGCUGUGACACUCGAAGUGGAUUCUUCCAGAAAUAUUUUAUUAAAUGUGAAUAUGUAUGAACCUUAUAGAUUUCAAUUCUGUUUUACUCAAAUCCAAUUCUUCAUUUAAAAUUGUAUUAAAGAAAUGACUUAUUUAGAUCUUUGUUGUGUGAAGUUCAGUGAAUUCUUCAGUUUAGCAUUUUUUCACGUUUAUUUUAGCAAUUUAUUUCAUAUAUGAGUCUAUAGUUUUGCAAUUUUCAGUAAUAUUUCAGUUCUGUUCAUUUUGUUUAUCUAUCAAAUGACAUUUUGACACCUCACUUCUCUGGGUGUUUGUGCGUAGUUGAUGGAGAUGAUUAUAUCUGUCUUCAUAAAUGUUAUUUUGGAACUUUAAUCCUUUCAUUCAAGCUGAAAUAUACACACCCCAGAGAUGUGCAGCAGUAAGAGAAGUCUUUUACAAGCUCUUUAGCGAACUGUGUGUGAUCUUGUUGCAUGACUGCAUGGUCCAUUCAGAAAAAUGUCAAAGAGAGUUUUCAAGAUUUACAUUAUAAAGAUUAUGAACAUAUCUAUAUAAACCUAUUUCAUAUUUUUAAACAUGCCCUAAAAACAUAAACUGCUGUGUAAUGUGAUGUUGCAACCAUAAGAUGGUAGCAUUAUCCUGUAUUUCUUCUGGGGUCCUGGCAUAGUACAGACAUUGUAUUUGUUAUAGUGAAUGAAGGGAGGUGUAAUAACAGAAGCAUUCUUACUGUAUUAUCCUUAAUAAAGACAUACUCACUUUUUUGCACUUUA